AUGGGAAACAUCUUUUCCUCGCACUCUCCCUCUCCCUCUCCUUCGCCCUCGCCCGCUCCUUUGCAGGCUAGACAGUCCGAGCCUGCUGGACGAGUGGACGCUGCUGGACAAGCCGAGGCUGCUCCACGAGAUGAGCCUGCUCGACGAGCUGAGCCUGCUACACGAGCCGAGCCAUUUAGACAGGCCGAACCUGUGGCGGAGCGGACCUGGCCCGGACGGGUUGCUCUGAAGCGCGACGUUGGACGCAUGCUGCUCAUCGACAUUAGCGAUGCAAACGUGACGUUCGACGCGCGCUUCAUGCUCGAGUACAUGCGACGCAGCGAGCUCGGCGAGCGUCCACGCGUGCGCCACUUUGUCGUCCACCACUUACCCCGCAUGCCGCGCGACGGCGUUGCGACUACGGCGAAAAUCCUGCUCGCCAUCGACCGGGAUCUCGAACAGACCAUGUAUCUGUGCGUCGACAACGCCGCCGCCCGCGCGGGCGUGCCGGACCGCAUGCUACCCGAAGCCUAG